AUGGCAGUCGACACGACCUCCUUGAAGGAGGACGCCAGCACCAGCACCACGCGCGAACGCGACGAUACCUUCAAAGCCGAUUUCCACCCCACACGCAUAACCGCACAAACCUUCCAAAGACUCCUUACCUGCUACAACACCACAGCCCAGCAAGUCCAACGGCGCAAAGCGAUGUUGAAACUGCAGCCUAAGGGUGGUUCAAAGAAGCGCAAGACCGGCUCGGGCUCGGGCUCGGAUGCGGCCCUGAUUACGAAAACGGAGUUUGAUUCCUCCGAGGAGCGCAUUAUUGAGGGUGAGGCGGAGAAGUACCUUGAGCUUGAUCGGUGGCGGUAUGAGAGGAUGCCGGCUCUUGUGUGGCAGCGGUUGGACACUGGGGGUCUUGAAGAUGCGGAGGAGGAUGAGGUUGCGUGUUUUACCCAUGAGGAACUUUGUCGGGUUAUGGAGUGGAAGACCAAACACGGUCGUCCCCGUCCUGCACUCCUGGGAAUGAUAAGAUCCAACCAAGAGAAAUUGGUCUUUAAAUGUACAUCAACAGCCCUAAAAUCCCUACCAACCGUCAAGGACAAGGACAAUUCCAACCCCACGACCAUUACGGAAGAAGUCUUCCCAAAGCAAAGCAUGGACGACCUAAGUCCUCUCCGCGGCGUCGGACCAGCAACUGCAUCCCUGAUCCUCUCAAUCGCGACCACGAAUGCAAAGGACGAAGAAUCUGAACGUGUUCAAGUCCCCUUCUUCAGCGACGAUACGUAUCUAUGGCUUUGUGUUGAGGUCUAUCCCGAAUCAUCUGCGUCUCCGGAGACGGUCCGGGCUAUUCGGAAUGGUGGGAGCGGGACUGGGAGCGGGAAGGGCCCAGGCUCGAAGUUUAUAAAGCCGAAUGGCGAGUUGAAUCUAAAGUAUAAUAUUGCGGAGUAUCGGCAGCUUUGGCAGGCUUGUUUUGAAUUACGGGAGAGGUUGAGUGGUGCUGGUGCUAUGAUAUCAAUGGCCGAUAUCGAGAAAGUCGCUUACGUUUUGAGGAAUAUCGCUCUGUCGGGUUAUUACCCCGAUAUUGAUGCGCAGGAGAUUCUCCAUAUGAGUGCUGAGCAGGUGGAUGCUCUUUUGGCUCGUCUGGGAGAAUGUGAGGGCGGUGAUGGUGAUGAUUCGCCGGAACAGAAGAAUGAGAGCGAGACUCAGGAUGAGAAGGGUCCGAGGAGUAGCAAGAAGACCAGGAAUGCUUAG